AUGCCGCAAGACCGCGGCCCAAUUCCCAGUGCAAGUGAAGCCCUUAGGCAGUGUUCGUUCACCGAGAAGAUUAGCAUGGCCCCUGCAUGUGCUCGACGUUUGCAUGACCAGGUUCCGAAGAUUGAAUCCCAGGCAUUGGAAAAGGGAAAGGCGGCAGCAGAGUCAUGUUUGGUGCUGGGAUCCCAUGUUGUGCCUCAUUUUGAUUUGGUAGCGGAGCCCGUGUGUUCCGUAACAGGGUUGUGCUGCCAUCUCCGAGUCUUGCUCUUCAUGCUGUUGACCAUGUUGCUAAGUGUGUCCGCACUCCUUGAUUUGCCAAUCAUUGGUUUUGAAUCUGCUGAAUUUCGCACGGUGUCUCGAAAUGAGAGCCUUCCUGAACUCACCAAUGUGACAACCUGGAUGCAUCGUGCGAAUCGUAGUGUUGAUUCCAAAGCCAUUACAGCCCUGCUUGACAAUGUCUUGAGCAAUGCAACCGACAAAGCCGAACGAUCUGUUGAGCAUAGGAUCAUGGAACUUCUGGGAACCGACAUUUCGACCAGAGAAGUGUUUCAAAUGCUGGCUCGUGAGCAGUUGAUGGACGAAGAACAAACCAGACAGUAUGAAGCAUUGGACUUGCACGAAUCCCUCAUGAGUGGUGAUCCUUUACCAGGUCGUCGCAACAGCAGUCACAUGAGCAUGAUUGGGAGCAGCAGCACCCAUGCUGAGAGCAGUCAUGAGUCCAAUGCCCAAGAUGAAUUCGGAAGAUCUUUGAUCGAGAUCAAUGAACAGGGUACUGACACCGAUGGUCGUGAAGUGCCUGACAUGAACUAUGGUGUGGUUGUGGAUCGCUUGCGUGUUUUUUGGAGUCAUAAUUUUCGCAACCGAAUCACAUUGAAGAGGACGCCAUUUUUCUUUUUGUUCUGUGCAAUUUCGCUGAUGGGUAUGCUGAGCUGUUUCGGGUGUAUGAUGCAUCCUGGCCCAAGACCUCAUCCACCCAGAAGCCAUGCACAUGUGGGGGACGCUGGUCCUCCAUAUGUGGGAACAGCCACUCUGAAAGUACCACCAGCAUGGUCAGCAGAGCGUGCCCACUGGUACUCGCUUCGGGCCUGGCUGUCCGACCUGAUUCUAUGGUCGGCCAGCACAGAUGUUGAACCCGCUCGACAAGGUCCAAUAGCCGCCUUGCAAAUCAGCGGGGCCGCGAGAGAGCUGGUCCGAGAAAUUCCGCCCAAUGUGUUGCAAAAUGGACGUGUCGACCCCCAAACUGGAGCCCACACAGCAGGGCUCAUGGUGCUUGCAGAGACCCUGAUAACCAGAUACGGCCCUCUGGAAGCUGAGAUCAGCACGCGUGCCAUCAGUGAACUCAUCCAUAUCCGUCGCAUGCAGCAUGAACCGGUAGAUGCCUUCUUAGUCCGUUUUGACGUGCUCAGGAACCGAGCUGCCAACCGAGCAGGAAUGGCAGUCAACUACAAUGGACUGAGCUGGAUCUUGCUGAACGCGUUAGGAAUAGGACCUGAUCAGUGGGACUGA